ACAGAUUGUCGGUUAUUUAAUUUGCACUUUACGGAACUUCAGCCAUAUUUCAUAUUUGAAUCUUUAAUUACAGUUUCCAUUCUUCUUGAUUGGAAUAAUAUCGCAAUGUGUUUCCGAAACACAGCAUCAGAGAUUCGUGUGCGGAUACUGUAAUUGCAAUUCGCAAGUACAGAAGGAUCGUGAAAUUCAAAUUGUGACUGCAUCACUUGUGGGUUGUGGCCGCACUCGACGCACUGACAAUCGCAGGAUGCCUGCUGCAGCCAAGAAGCGCGGAGGUUUCCAUCGACGCCGCGGGGGUGGCCGUGGGGGAGCCGCCCGUUCCGGCAGCGCCUCCAAGGAUCCCCCGUACAAGGGGCCCAAAGCGCCCGUGAAACGCGUGCAGCCCAUCAGGCACGUGCACCCCCUGGCCCCCCAGCGCAAACGUAAACAGGGCCUCAUGUGUCCGCAUGUCAACAUGGCGCUGCUGGAUCACGGCGAAGCCAACUAUCGGGAAAUCGUCGAUCUCUUUGUCAUUCCGUCCAGUAAAUGCCUGCUGCCGUGGGAUCCCAAACAGUCGCGACUGCGUUUCCGGUGUGAAUCUCCACUGUGUCAAGGAGGCUUUCAGUUUGCUUGUUGUCACUGUAAAAAAAAAUUUUGUCGUGAUCACAUCAACGAUCAUGCUGCGGACAGCAACCAUGGCUGCGCAAUUGACGCACAGUUUGGAUAUCUGGCCUGCUUCCUCUGCAAUGAAACCCUGGUGCAGAUGGAGAAAUGCGCCAAGAUUUGGCGAGACCAUCGACUAAAGGCCGUUUAUGAAACAGCGUUGCGUUAUGGCUGGCUGCAAAAUGUGACGCAGUUGACGACGUUUAUGCCGGAUGAAUUGCGCGAUGCCUGCGAAAAUCGUCAAGCCUUGAUCGGUGUUCAUGGCAUCGUCAACUUGUCGAAUACCUGCUGCUUAAAUGUGAUACUGCAAGCGUUUUGUCAUACGCCCUUGUUUCGAGACUUCUGUUUGGCCCGCUUACAUCGCUGUAAUCCGAAUAUGUUGGGAUUUAAUCAGGAAUGUGUCAUGUGUGCUUUCACCUCCAUGAUCUAUGAUUUAUACAUUUUGCCGGCCGGUCAGUGUUACGCUCCGCAGUUGAUCUUUCAAGCCGUACAGAAUAGCCUGGUGAACCAUGGAUCGGAGCUGGGCGAGCAGGAAGAUCCGGCGGAAAUCAUUAAUCUCUUACUGAACGAUAUGCACCUCCAGUCGGAACACGAUGGACGAAAGAUUAGCCCUUCGUUGGGCGAGCAGCUCCAUCUAGCAGGACGGGAAAUGGCUUCGAUGUGUGUAGCGCAGUGCAUCUAUUGCCCAUGUAUCGUUUGUGAUUUAUUCUCCGGCGUGGAAGAAUAUACAACUACUUGCCUACAGUGCAAGCAAGAUCGUUUUCAAGGCAACAGUUUCAAAUUGCUGAUGUUGCCGAUUCGUGAGGAUAAGCCAGUGGAAGCCGGACAGCCGGCCGACCGAUCGCUGGAAGACUGCCUCAAAAUGUAUACGGAUGCGCAGCUGACUUCCGAAGUGAAGAAUGAGUGCUGUAUCGACGUCAAAGGGGCUUAUCGCACCAAUAAAUUCCGUCAUCUUCCGGUGGUUCUCAUCAUCCAGUUAAAGCGCGCUGUGGCGAAGAAUGUGACGAAGACCAGAAUUGGCGAUGGAGAUUUGAAGAAGAACAAAGAACACAUCCAGUUCCCAUUGUGUCUGGACAUGUCACCCUAUAUGGCCGAACAGCACAGCGGCUCAACAAAAUACGUUCUGUAUGGAGUUGUGGUACAUAAAGGUGUGAAACUCUCCAGUGGGCAUUACGUGUGCUACAUUAAGCACAUGAGUGGACGCUGGCUAUGCAUGGAUGACCGCGCUGUGUUCUGCUGUUCAGAGUCGCAAGUGUUAUCACUUCAGGCGUACAUGUUGUUUUAUGUGCUGGAAACGGUGGAAUUCACCGUGGCGUCGGCCAGCAAUAUCGGGACCUCGGUCCCCAUCCCGCCGCCCAUCCCCUCGACCGCAUCGGUGCCGGAUUCGCUGGAUUCCCUGUCCAACGAUGAACUGAUUGAAUUGGCUAUGCCACCGCCGUUAAAAGUCGAUGAAGCCUACAUUGGGCAAUUCGAUUAUGACACCAUUCACCCGUUCACACUCGAUCAUACGUAUGGGAAACUGGACGAACUGUUUGGCGUCCCGCUAAACGAAAAGAAAAAUGAUUAUGACGAUGAAGAGGAUGAGCUAGCGGCGUUACUGUAUGGAAACCUGUAAAGUUUGCGCGUCUUGGUUUUACCAAGUUUCUGUUAAAUGAUGUGAUCUGAUUGGUUGUUUUAGUUUUUUAGCUUACUUUGGGUUAUUAAUUUUUGCGUUUUAAUACUUGAUUAACGUUAUUAUUUUGUUCAUAUCUCGCACUCGUUUGGCAUACGUCAGCAACGAAAGAUAUUUUUCCCAUACACUUACCCUUACAUUUAUUCUUACCUGUGCUGUUAGUAAAACGGCAAGUUGCUGUAUUACAGUUGGUCCAAUAGUGAAUUGCAGGUAACUUACAGAGUAUUAUGCAGUGCGUAAUACGCACGCGCGAUUACCUGGUAUUAAAAUUAAU